AGGGAGAGAGAGAGAGAGAGAGAGAGAGGGAGAGGGAGAGGGAGGCAGAGAGCCAGCAUUACCGAGGGAGAACACCAACAUCUCAACAAGAUACCAGGAGAUACGAAUGGGAACAGCAGCUCUCAGGAACACAGAUACAGAGACACAGUAAGACAGAAGUGUCACAGCCAGUGUGUGUGUGCGAGAGUGUGUGUGUGAGAGAGAGAGAGAGACACACACACAGCUCAGGGUGUUUCCACGGUUCUCCCGAGGCCGUGGCAGCCAUGGCGUCAGAGCCCAGUACCCAGUCCAGGGUGAUGUUCCAGGCAGAUAAAAGAGAGGAGCCGGCCCACCGCAAGCUCGGCAAGCUGACAGUCAAAUACAACCGCAAGGAUCUGCAGAGGAGGCUGGACAUAGAGGAGUGGAUCGAUGGACAGCUGCACCUGCUGUUCGACUGCGAGGAGGAGGAGAUUCCAGAGUUAGAGAUUGACAUAGAUGAACUUCUGGAGCUGACAGAUGAGGGCCAGAGAACACGGCUGCAGGAGCUUUUACAGGAAUGCGGGAAGCCAAAAGAGGAAUUUAUCAACGGGCUGCUCUACAGGAUAAAGGGUCUACGUAAAAUGUCAGGUCCCUUGAAGAAAUAAUCUGACGUCAGAUCAAGAUGAGGCAACGUGGAGCCUCUCACCUCCCUGUCUCCUAGAUGUCUAACUGUUUGGACGCACGUGUGGUCCACAUGUCCGGUUGGAGUCUCCUCCUGCCUCACAAUCACCCCAGAGCAGUGGGUUGUGAAAGAUUUUUUUUAAAUAAUUAUUUAUUUUCAUUUAUGGACUGCAAUUUUCGUUUUGUUUCCCCAUAAACAAACUGUUCAGGCGGUGAGUGUUUUUUGUGUAAGCACAUUUUCAGUUGCCUAUUUAUGUACAUAAAUAUUUUUUUGUUCCGUAAAUAACAGUGUUGUACGUCAAAAUAAAAUGGAACAUUUUCAA